CAAAAACAAAACCAACUCUGAAAAACUGAACAGAGGAGAGAAGAGGGAGAGGAGUGUGCCUGUGUAUGUGUGAGGAAGCAACAGAUGUCCAUAUCAAUGGCGUUAUUCUCUCCUCCGAUCUCUUCUCCACUUCAAAACCCUAACCUCACCCCCAAGUUCUCACUCUCUCUCCUCUCCACCAGGCGCUUCUCUCUCGUCUCCCUCACUCGAGCCUCCUCUUCAGAGAACGGCACAUCAGCACCCGCUUCUGCAACCACCGUGGAGAUUCCGAAGCCUGCUUCUGUCGCUGUAGAGGAAGUUCCAGUAAAAUCUCCAUCUGAAAACGGCGCCGUUGGAGUUGAAGAUAUUGACUUGACAACCACGACGACGACGGAGAUCAAGUUUAAGGAUGCGAAGUGGGUUAAUGGAACAUGGGAUCUGAAACAGUUCGAGAAAGAAGGCAAAACUGAUUGGGACUCUGUUAUCGUUGCUGAGGCAAAGAGGAGAAAAUGGCUUGAAGAUAACCCGGAGACAACUACAAACGACGAGCCUGUACUCUUUGAUACCUCAAUCAUUCCAUGGUGGGCAUGGAUGAAGAGAUACCAUCUACCUGAAGCUGAACUCCUCAAUGGUCGUGCGGCAAUGAUAGGGUUCUUCAUGGCUUACUUUGUUGAUAGCCUUACGGGGGUAGGACUUGUGGAUCAAAUGGGGAAUUUCUUCUGCAAAACACUCUUGUUUGUGGCUGUAGCUGGAGUUCUUUUCAUCCGCAAGAACGAAGAUUUGGAAAAACUCAAGGGUCUGUUUGAUGAGACUACGUUAUAUGACAAGCAAUGGCAAGCGGCAUGGAAAGAGCCGGAGGAAUCAUCAUCAUCAUCAACGGUUUCUUCAAAGAAGUGAAAAAAAAUUUUAUGGGUUAUGUUUCCUCUUUUGUUAUGUGUUUGUGAUGAUCAGUGAAAGUCCCAAAGAUAAUUUAUGUAUUGUAUUACUGAUCUUGAGAUUGUAAUCUUUCUGGCUUUAGAAAUCUCUGUGAAGUAGUCAGUUGCAAAGAAAAUUUGGGGAGGUCAUUGACUUUGUAAAACAGAAGAAGACAAAUGCAAUUUCU